AUGCUCAGGACAGUCUCAGGCCGCGUGUGGACAUCCCGGGAGUGUGCUGGUGCGGGAGGGGAGCAGUCGCUCCUGGCACGGAGCGAGGCAGCGAGCCGCGCUGCGGGGCCUGCCGCGCCGCGCAAGGCCGUCCUGCAGCGUCGCGCCCCUGGGGCCCCUCGGGCCACGCGGCCAGGGCUUGCUGUGCUGCGUUUUAGCAACCCUGCUUUGCCAAAUCAGUUCCAAGGAUGGGUGAUCACUGGAGGCCAUUAUGAUGUUGACUGUCGUUUGGAAGAUCCUGAUGGCAUUGUAUUGUACAAAGAGAUGAAGAAGCAAUAUGAUAGUUUCACAUUUACUGCCUCCAGAAACGGAACGUACAAAUUCUGCUUCAGCAAUGAAUUCUCUACUUUCACACACAAAACUGUGUACUUCGAUUUUCAGGUUGGAGAAGAUCCUCCUCUGUUUCCUAGUGAAAACAGAGUAACUGCACUUACUCAGAUGGAGUCUGCCUGUGUGUCCAUUCAUGAAGCUCUGAAGUCAGUCAUCGAUUAUCAGACUCAUUUCCGACUGAGAGAAGCACAAGGCCGCAGCAGAGCGGAGGAUCUGAACACCAGAGUGGCCUACUGGUCAGUGGGGGAAGCCAUCAUCCUUCUGGUCGUGAGCGUCGGGCAGGUGUUUCUCCUCAAAAGCUUCUUCUCAGAUAAAAGAACCACGACAACCCGUGUUGGGUCAUCAAGUUGCGCUGCCCAAAGUCUCAAGCGGAAUGAGUUAACCCGCGUGUGCCUGGGAAGAAAAAGAGAUGUUAAUCGCAUCAGCAGCUCAUUACUGGAUGUGUUUGUCAUAAUGGGCAGUGCUAAUGCCAAAGCUGCUCUUUCACCAGAUAGCAGCAAAAAGGCUAAGAAUAUGAGUACAGGUCAGAGAGACUCCAAGCAAGUUCAUGAAUUGUGUGGCCUCUCUGCUGAAAUCAGGGAGCCUGCAAGCAGAUCUCCAGAAGCUGGCAGCAGUAACGAGAAUAUUGAGAGUAUUUUCUAUAAGUUUGUGAUUCUGCAUGCUGAGAAUGAUGUAGAUGAAGCCAUCCGGAUCCAGAACCUGCUGCAGAAUAAAUUUUGUAUUAAACCUGGAAUAAUCUUUGCUGAAAUGCCUUGUGGUAAGCAUAUUCUGGAAAAUUUAAGUGAUGCUGUGAAUGGCUCAGCUUGGACUAUUAUACUGCUGACAGAAAGUUUUCUGAAGGGUCCUUGGUGUGAGUUUCAGUCUUACACCUGCCUUGCCAAUGCUCUUAACAAAGAGCAUAAGUACAACACCGUGAUACCUGUGAGGCCGCUGAAUAACCCGCUUCCCCGGAAGAAGACUCCUUUUGCCCUGCAGGCUAUUAACGCCCUGGAAGAAGACAGUCCUGCGUUUGCAAACCAAGUGGAGAGAAUUUUCCAGGAGUCUAUAUACAGGCAACAGCAAGAGAUAUGGAGGAGGGAAAGAAUGAAACUAGAGCACUUAUGAUGGUGGAAAGAACCUAUG